AUGCUCCGCGGCCUCACUCGCUGCAGAGAAGCUUCGGUUUGGACGAAAACGCCUGAAACAAAUGUGUGUGUGAGACCGGAGCCUCAGUGCGAACGGACCCGAGCCGCGGAGCCCGGGAGGCGGGCAGCGUCUCUGACGGCGAAUGCCUCUCACGGCGCGGAACUCUGCCGGGAGGAGGAGGAAGAAACCGGGUGAGAAGCUCCCGGAGCCACCGGGGGAGUCGACUUCUGCUCAGGUGAUGGCGCCCACGCGGAUGAAACUGCGUGUGCGUCGCCGUGAUGCUGCAGGUGCAGGUGCAGGUGCAGGUCCAGGUCCAGGUGCGGUAGGAGGCGGUCAGCCUGCGGAGGAAGAGGUGAGGAGACGAGAGAGCAGCAGCCGCAGCAGCAGCCGCAGGAAGAACUCCAGCAAUGCUUCAACCGCAGCCGCCACUACCUCCUCUCCUCCCAACUCCUCUCCUCCUACCUCCUCCGCCUCAGCGAGGGCGGUGGUCGCGGCAGAGGACGCUUCGCCUGACUCCAAGUGCCCCAUCUGUCUGGACCGCUUCAACAACCUGGCGUACCUGGACCGAUGCCUGCACCGCUUCUGCUUCCCCUGCAUCCAGGAGUGGUCACACAACAAGGCAGAGUGUCCGCUCUGCAAGCAGCCGUUCGCCUCCAUCUUGCACUCGGUCCGCGCCGAGGACGACUUCAAGGAAUACACGCUGCGGCCGGCGCCUGCCAACAGCAGCGUUGCCGCCACUGUGGCAAUGGUGGCGGCGAUGGCGUCAGCGGCAAGGAGCAACCAUCAAAUGAGGUUGAUGUUAAGGAGACACCGGACGGCAGACGGUCUAGAAACGACCACGAGGAGGCGGAGGAGAGAGAGGGGGGGAAGAGGAGGAGGAAGCAGGAGGACAGGGGUGUGGGAGUGGUACCUUGAUUCUCCUCCUCUUCCUCUCCCUCCUCUUCCUCACCAUCCAGCUGUCUCUCCCGUGGUGGCGGAGGACAGUGGAGAGGGUGAAGACCUGGACCAGCAGAGGAUGAGGGGAGGAGCAGACCUGGCGGAGCGAGGGGUGAUAUUUGAGGGACUGACAGGCCUCGGAGGGGCGAGGACGCACAACGACCGGGCGUCACGGCGGCUGAUGACCCGUCUGGCAACAAGGCAGCGACUGCAACGAGACGGUGGAACUGUGCGGCGUCUGAGGGAGAGAGAGACUGUAGCGUUCCGCCGCGCUCUCUACCGCUGUAGCAUACGGGUCCGUGGCGUUGCCGGGGUCAGCGGUAACCAGGGACAGCAAUGUGACAUCACAGCAGACAGCUUCCGUCGUAACCCUGUCCACUUGAACAAACUUCGACCCUGGUUGCGGCGGGAGCUCACAGUGCUCUACGGUGCUCACGGCACACUGGUCGACAUAGUCCAACGCAUCAUCAUGGCGCAGCUUGCCCGCCACGGGCUGGAGGACUCACCCACCAUAGAGGACGAGCUGCGUCCAUUCCUGUUGGCUCGCACCGACCAUUUCCUGCAUGAGCUGGUAAAUUUCGCCCGCUCACCACUCAGUCUGGAAAACUAUGACUUGCAGGCGGUGUAUGAGCCACCGGCCGCCGCCCUAGAGCUGGAUGGGAUCAGCAGCCCCUCUGACAGCAGCUCUGUUAUCGCAAUAUCAGAGGGCGAGGAAAACGAGGCUGGAGCGGGCGCUCAUGAUGAUGUCAUCCAAACAGGAAGCUGCCUCAGUCUGUCGGGUUGGGAUGACGAGACUCCAGGCCCCUCCUACUCCACUGCUGAGCCGUCGUGUUCGCUUGCCCCGCUGUCGUUUAGCCCCGCCCAACAAGAGGCGGCCAAUCAGGAGGGGGAGAAGCUGGAGGGGGAGGAGGAGUGUCUGAUAGUGGGAUACAAGAAGCCGAUCGCUGAGCGAACUCCUGAGCUGGUGCAGCUGUCAUCUGACACCGAGGAAGAGGAGGAGAAGGAGAAGAUGACGGAGAAGCUUCCUCCUCCCGCCACCACCCCUCCUCCUCUUUCUUACAUACCCACAAUCCCCCCCUCCACAUCUGCCACCUUCCAAGAGGAGCAGGACAACAAGCAGAAGGAGAAAGAUGGCGAAGCGGGCGGGCGUUGUUCACGUGCGCGUUCAUGGUCGGCCAGCUCUGGAAGGAGCCCAGAGACGGUGUGCACGCUCAGCCCAAGCGAGGGGCAGCAGGACAGCCGGAGAGACUGGAAGCAGUCCAGCAGUGAGACGGCCAGGGAGAAGAGGAAGAGGAGGAAGAGGGGGCCGGACAGGAGCGGAACUCUGUGCAACCCAAACCGCUCCAUCUAUCCCGCCAUGAUGUGCCACCCCUCACACUCCCCUUCACCGUUUCACUCCAGCGUAGAGUCCAGUUCUCCACCCGGCUCUAGCUGUGAGUACCGCUGCUCCCCUCUCACCUCCUCCGCCUCCUCCCCAUCCCACUCCUCCUCGCCCUUCUGCUUCUCCCCGCUGCUGUCGUCGCCGCUUCCGCAGACGCCGCCCUCGCUCUCCCCCGGCGCCGCUCACCACAGAGACAAACCCGGCGGGAAGAGGAAGUACAAGAGCCGCCACCUGGACAGCAACGACAAGGACCCUACCUGGAAUCCAUACAGUGGGCAACCUGACGAGAAGCAGCGAGAGAGGAGGAGGAAAAGGGGGAGAGACGGAGGGAGGAGGAGAGAUACACACAGGAGGGAGAGUGUUGGUAGUGAGAGCAUCAGCAAGAGGUAUCGAGAAGACCGCAGUCCCAGCGUGGAGAUCAUCUACGAGGGCACAAUCCUCGCCGACGCAACGCAGCCCCCCGCCAGGAAACGCCGCAGGAAACGCCACCGGAAGACACGACACAGCAGCUCUCCAGUCAUCAUCACCCUCGACAGCGACACUAGCCACGAAAACGACGGCAACAACAAACCCGGCGGCGGCGGCAGCAGCAGCAGCAGUCCGCUCAGCAGCCAGCAGACCGUCGACUUCUCCGACCUCCCUCCGCUCCCGUUGGUGCAUUCUGCCGGUGUGGGCGGGGCCUUGGAUGAAGAGAUCGGCGAACUUCCUGUAGACAUCCUGGACAGAGGGUCCGAUGGGUCGGAGGCGGAGCCGCCAGGACGGUCGGAAGCUGCUGGUCCCGUCGCCGUUGACAACAACAGCGAUCACGAUGUGGAUGUGGAAAACGUAGAGGAGAGCGGGUCACUGUUGGCGUGCAGGACUACUGCCGCCAAUAAUCCAAAAGAUCCAAUGAGUGUGGGCGGCGGCCCUCAGCCAACCGGAGACAACGAUUUCAUCCCCAUAACGACGGAUCUUCGCAAAAGAAACUCUGCGGUCUCGACCUCUGACACUCGUCUCCUAGCAACCAUCCUCAACGACCUGAAGGGAAUCGCUGCUCCUAAAUGUGACCUUUCUCUGACCUUUGAACCCAGUCGUUCACCCGACUCAAGGAAAAAGCGUUUUCAGGAUCUGCACGAGGCUCGGUCGAAGCUGAGCAGCAGGUUGGCUGAGCCGAGAGUUCCUGAUGUCACAGACCUGCCGCCAUGUCGUAAGUCCACCGCUCCGCUGCCUCCUCUUCAGCAAAUGGAUUUCAGGGUUGGAGAGGACGGCGUGGACGUCCCCCCGCUCCUCAGACAGGCCAGUCCUGUGCGAGCCCACAACAGAAACACGCCACCACCAUUAAAACACAAAGAUGCAGGAAGUCCUCACCUCUCCCCUGCUGACCGCCUCUCGCCUCACUCCUCUGCUGACCGCCAUUCUAAUCCCGCUGCUGACUCCCGCUUGGCCCCUGAGGCCUUCCCCCCAAAUUCAGCGCUGAAGAAACAUUUCAAAAGCACUCUGGCGUUGAGAGGAGUUGUGGCGCCUGACUCACGUUCGGCCGCUUUAACCACUAGCAUCAAACACACGAGUCCCGUUGAUUCAUCGUCCGCUUCUGAAAACGGUUCCACUCAUACAGAUGGUUUACCACAUCUGGACGUCAUGAACUCUUUUCAUUCGUCGGAGGAACAUUCCAGCUGUGAUGUCACAGAAGAGACUUCUCUCUCUGUUCGUAGAUCUUCACCCGUUCACGUUGAUCCCGUUAAUUCUGUUGAUUUCCAUUCAGCCGUCAGCGGCUGGUCCAAAGAGAAGCUGCCUCACACUCACUCUACCUCCGGAGGCGAUCAGACUUUUAGGCCCUCUUCCUGUCGGGUGGCGCCCGCCGACUUGCACGUUUCCAGUAGUGGUGUUGCUGGAGGCUUACCAGCAGGUAGUGGCGUUUUCUCAGGAGUUAAUUCCAACGACACGUCUCCUCUUUUGCUUUCAACUGUUGAUUCCAGGACUCCGAAUCACUCGUCUCCCGUCAGGUCGUUGCCCGUUGACGUCCUUCGUAAAAGUUCCAAAUGCACUGACCCCCGCUCUUCCUGUGCAGCUGCAGAACGACUGACGGACACGUUUUCAGUCGUCAACCGUGAGGACACAUCACCACCUGUUGAUUUCCACUGUAUGAAUCCGUCACCAGCCACUGACGGACACUUCAACCACGCAGCCUCACCCACGUCACACAGAAAGUGUCUUUCUGAACCUUCGGUCGAGUCGCUCUCAAAACACUCAACUGAUUUAAGGCAUCACAACCACUUUGAUCCUGUCGACGCUCACAGAGACGAUCGCGUCACGUCCUCCCCACACAACCAGUGGAACUCAAACGCCUCCGCUGACGCCCACUCGGACUCUGUCGCCCUUUGACGAAUGGCUGCCCAGCGCGACUUGGUGGAGCAAAUAUCCGAAAUUAACUUUUGAUUUUGACUGUUUUCGUUUUGUUGAUUUUUUUUAAAUGUUCUUCCUCUCGUUCCUGUGGACACAUUUGUUCUCGCCGAAAAGAAUGGACGAUGAAAUUAUGAUUUGUUUAGUGUGAUAGUUUUUUUCUGGGGCUGGGACAAAGCAUCGAGUUGUCAUUUUAUUUUAAAUUAGUCUUUAUUAUAGCCCGACUGAUGCAGAUGUUUUAGGGUUGAUACUGAUAUUUUGUAUUUUCUAAAUUUUGUAAUUAUGCGUAAGAUGUUAUCAAACCCUCGUGACAAAGAAAUGUAAUUGAGGUUUGAUAUUUUACAGUUUAACCCUCAACUUUAUUAUGAAUAAUAAUAAUAAUAAUAAAAAAAGACAAAUACAACCAAAUGUUAAAGAAAAAAAUGCAUUAAGUAUAAUAAUGUUUUCUACGUGACCUUUUCUAAAUUUUCUUUUCUUUUGUCUUAUAUAUAUUUUUUUGUCAAUAUAGCCACUAAUCAAUAAAUCAGUCGGGAUCUAGAUUUGAUGCAAAAUAUCCAAUUUUAAAAAUAACUUGACAUCAACUAAACUGUGAUUAUCAUGAAAUACAUUUAUGUAAAGGUAAUAAAAUAAUUUUACUGGUUGAUAAAUUGAUGCCUGGUCCCGCCUCCAGUUGAUGGACGAGUCACAUGAAAAUAUGAAAGCAGUGUUGUUAACCACGCCUCGUGUCUGUCAAUCAAGCUCGGACGUUGUAUAAAACAGUAGCUGUAGUUAAAUAAAACAGGGAUUAAGGUAAACGUGAUGAAAUGUAUCAAUUCAAGGUGAAAAGGCAAAUACGUAAUCUGCAAAUACAUGAUUAAAUAAAAUAAGUUUGGAAUGCCACAGCUGCGGUGUGCGAUGCUUGGACUCGUAAACACGUAAAUGAGCGAAGAUGUGAAUAAAGUGUAAAACCUAAAGUCAUCACAUAAAACUGACCAUUUUUAAGAAUGUUUAAUAAGUGGUGCUUAAAUAAAGAUGGACGACAUGACGGCUCACAACCCAUCUGGAUCGCCCCCUGGUGGCUGUAAAAUCAUUUCGAAAUGUUUUAAUUCCUUGUAAUGUGCUUUAUUAUUUUUAUUUUUAAUUAAAUGCUUCUCGGUGUAA